UAGAUAUAUAAAAAAUGGGUGAAAGUGAAGGGAUACAUGGGUGGGGAUGCACCCCCACCGGUGAUCCUCCACCUGCAGCGGUAGCCUCAAACUCAACAAAUUCAAAAGUUGGGUGCCUGCCAACAUGGGUCACUAGGGGUUGGAGACGAAAUGCCUUGUACGCAAUCAUAAUAUUUUUAAUGGUAUUAGUGUUUUUAAAUAUAGCAUUAACGCUAUGGAUUAUAAGUUCGUUAAAAAUGACUGCGAAAGGCAUAGGCCCCAUAACAAUAGUAAAGGAUGGCAUUCGUCUAGAUGGGCAAGCGUGGAUAGUAGACAACCUCGUGGCGUCAACAAUAUCGUCGCAACCCGGUCAACCUAUUACUUUACACUCGCCUCGCAAUUUCACCAUCCUUGUCUCAGAGCCCGACCAAGAGGAACAUGCUAAAUUUAUUAUAAAAAGAGACGGUAUAGAGUGCGAUGGAAAGGUUUUCGAUAUUCGUGAUAGCAAGGGUGGCAACGUUUUCUACGCGUCUCGAGAAGAGGUACGGUUAUCUACGGAAACACUAUUAGUGGAAGGCCCAGGCGGCCUAGCCGUGCGGAGUGCCGUCCAAACGCCACUGAUACAGGCGCCGCCAGGAUCCGAUUUACAGCUAGAAUCCUUGACGAGACGACUAGAUAUGAGGGCUCCGCAAUCCAUAUACCUUGAAAGUAGAGCAGGUAGCAUUGACAUAACUUCGCACAGCAACAUCAAACUAGACUCAGUCGUGGGAGCUAUUAAAAUUGAUGCACCAAAUAUUAUAAUUGGUAAUUUGAAGGAGGCACAAGCAACUGAAAAGUCACAGAAAAAUUUAAGAGGGAUAAAAUUUUACCAGCUCUGUGCCUGCACGUCUGGUAAGCUGUUUCUAGCUGCUUCAGAUGGUACAUGUGCGGUGCAAGACAAUGACGUAGAAUUGUGUCGAUGAUUAUAAAAAGUAUACAUUUAUACUGAUAUUUCAGUAUUUACAAAAAUGGGCACGGACGAAACUGCACAGCUCUCUAAUAUUUUAAUAAACAGCGGAAACUAAAAGUUGUUAGGAGAAAGACU